AUGACAACCCCAGCAACAACAACAACCACACCAACACCAAUACCAUCAAAUAUUCCAGCUUUGGAUUUAUAUACAUUUUUAAAUUUAACCUCCGACUUGGUUGAUACUAAAUAUGUUUUUAAAUGUAAAUUAUCAAACGAAGUUGAUGGAAUUUAUAUUACAAAUGCAUGGGUUGCAGGUUUUGUUAAAUCAUCUAGAGUUGUUCGUAAAAAGGUAGCAGAGGGCGAGGAUGAAACAUCAACUCUUGAAUUAAUGAUUUCAGAUGGUUGUUCAGAUCUUAGAGUUGUUCAAUACAAAACACCAUAUAAAGCUGAAGACUUUGAAAUAUCUCAAUAUUAUUCAUUUAUUGUAAGGCCAUUCAUGAAUAAACCAGGAGUAGGAACAGUUACAUUUACUCAAAUCCAAGCUUCAUUAUCUUCAUUUCAUAAAAUUACAAAUUAUAACGAAGUCACAGCCCACAUUUCUGAAAGUAUUCGUUCAUUUUAUUAUAUGUUGGCUCCAUUCCCAUCAUUAGUUAUUAAAGUAAUCAAAGCAUAUACCUCAAAUGGUUAUGGUAUCAAAGAAAAUAUCCUCAUAGAGCAUCUUCAAAUUAAACCAGAAGAAGAUAAAAAAAUUUCAGAUUUAAAACAUUUUAUUAAAUUCUUAAAAGAUAACAACCAACUCAUCGAAAAUGAAAAUGGCUACACAUUGGCCGAACAACAAUCUUAA